AUGGCUUCAACAAGUGAGAGUGGUGUUAGGAUUGCAGUUGAUCCUAAUGACAUACUUGAUGAUGAAGAUAAAAAACAACCUAUUUUAACACUUAUGGAAGAAGUUCUCUUGCUAGGUUUAAAAGAUAAACAGGGUUACCUCUCAUUCUGGAAUGACAAUAUUUUUUAUACUUUAAGAGGGUGUAUUCUUAUGGAACUUGCGCUUCGUGGUCGAAUAGCCAUGACUAAAGAUUCAAAUCGUCGAAAAUGUCCACUUUCAGAUAGGAUCAUAGAGGUCCUUGAGGAUAAGUUGACAGGAGAAGUAUUUUUAGAUGAAGCAUUAAAAUUGAUGAAAAAUAGUGAACCUAUGAGCGUUGGAAAUUGGAUUGAUCUAAUGAGUGGAGAAACUUGGAAUGUAAUGAAGAUUGGAUAUCAAUUAAAACAAGUACGGGAAUGUUUAGCAAAAGGAUUAGUAGAUAAAGGGAUUUUAAGAACCGAAAAAAGAAACUUUUUACUUUUUGAUAUGGCAACUCAUCCUGUUAGUGAUUCUUCGACAAAGGAAGAAAUUGUUAAUAGAGCUAUUCACCUUUUGUUAAAUCAUGAAUUAAGAGAAAAAGCAUAUACAAAAGUUGAUGAAUUAUUAAGUGAAUAUUCUACUCAUCCUUUUUCUAAAAAAGUUAAAGCUGAUAUUCCUGAAGGAAAAGAAUUACAGGUUGAAGUAGUGUUCACCGUUUUAAAUGUUUUUACAAAGAUGGAUAGUAUUUUGUAGAAAAAAUGUAUCAUUAAUUUAUUUUAUUAUUAUUUGGAAAGGAAUAAGGUAAAAUUUGUUUUGUAAA